AAAUUACCGACUUGGUUUCAAUGUACAGGUAGAACUUGAAGGGGUCAAUGAAUGUUGGCAAGGGAUCACAGAGUCAGCAAGCAUUGGUCAUUUCGGGAGCCGAGGUACAGAGCGCGUUACAUAUCAUUCCACUCCAUCAUCUCCGGCGACAACUCUCUAGACUUUGACCAUCAACAUCUCCAACGAAAAUGGCAAAAUACACAAACUCAAAGACCGCGCAAAGCAUGCUUGAGCCGGAUCCGGACGCGUUUGUGGAAUACCAGCGCGACAUCUACCGAGGCCUCCGCGCCCCAAAGUUCUCCACCAAGCCAGCACAAUGGGAAGCUCAAGCACGGCAAACCAUCCCAGAGCAGAACUUCUUGUACAUCCAAGGAUCGGCGAGUAGCGAGUCUACAUAUGCAGCCAACAUCUCUGCCUUUGAACGAUAUCGGCUGCGACCAUGGAUGCUAGUCCAGGCUACGAAGCGAGACAUGUCCGUGGAGCUAUUCGGUAAACGAUACAAGAGUCCCCUUCUCGUUGCCCCUAUUGGAGUCCAAGAGAUUGCGCAUGCCGACGGAGAGGAAGCUACAGCACGUGCAUGUGCAGCCGCGAAAGUGCCCAUGAUUCUAUCGACAGCCGCGACACGUUCCAUGGAGCAAGUCGCAAAAGCUAACGGGGAUGGUGAUCGGUGGUACCAGUUGUAUUGGCCCAAACCACAGACUGAAGAGUUCACCGUAAGCCUCUUGAAUCGUGCUAAGGCGAAUGGAUUCAAAGUUCUAGUCGUUACUCUAGAUACGUUCAUGAUUGGAUGGCGGCCAGCUGACCUUGAUACCUCCUACUUGCCUUUCAUUUAUGGCCAAGGCUGCCAAAUGGGCUUCUCAGAUCCUGUCUUUAAUAGGAUGUACGACCAGCUCAAGGCAGAGGACAACAGAAAGCUCACAGAGAAGAUCGGUGAAAUUUGGUCGAUACUAAAGCGGCCGGGUUCUAUUAGCGGCACGGCUAAGGUACUUGCGAACGCGACCACAAUGAAGAAAGCUAUGUUCUUUACCAGUAUUCUAUCGUCCGGCACGUAUAGAGAUUGGGAGGAUCUUCAGAUCCUUCGGAAGCACUGGGAGGGCCCGAUCGUAUUGAAAGGCAUUCAAACGGUUGAAGAUGCCCAUCGUGCUAUAGAGUAUGGGAUCGAAGGUAUCGUCGUCUCGAACCAUGGAGGCCGACAAUUGGAUGGAGCGAUCGGCUCACUGGAUGCUUUGGCAGAGAUUGGAGCAGACGAAAAAGUGAAAGCAUCGGGGCUUACCCUGCUUUUUGACAGCGGAAUUCGGACUGGGUCAGAUGUGUUGAAGGCAAUUGCAUUGGGUGCAAAGGCUGUCCUUGUGGGACGCCCUUACAUUUACGGGCUGGCGAUGGGUGGUGAAAGUGGUGUAAAGCAUGUGCUUGAUUGCAUUCUUGCUGACACGGACAACUCUCUGGCAAACCUGGGGAAGAAGAGCCUGACUGAGCUCAACCGGGAUGACUUGCGAUAUGUUCAACAGCCAUCGAAACUGUAAUUUAUGGUUGAAUCUACCAUGCCCAGAUCGAAUUGUAACCGCGGGCGUUUGGUCUUUAUUUUACUGUCACAAAGUACAAUAUAAUGUGCUAUACUAUUUCAAGCUCUUCUCACAUGGAAAUUGUAUUAUUCGAGACUCUUCUUGAUUGUCUCCUCUAAGGGAUCCGGCGUUUUCCCUACUUGUCUUAAGAUAUCCUCUAGAGUCGAAUCCUUGAUAUCGCAUUCGCCGUCGGGAAGAGCGUCAUAAGUCGCGCUCCACCAUUCAACAGAAGCUUUCUCCAACUGCCUCUCCUCGACAUAAUAUCUCUGAUACUCUUCCUUACUAACAACCUUCAACUUUACAUCCUUAUUCCUGAUU